AUGGGGAGCCACAGCCUGCUGGCCGCCAUCCUGGCCACCAUCCUCGCCUCCCUCUUGCCGCUCCCCGUCGCCCCCUCGUCCCACCGCAAGCUCCUGGUGUUCCUGCUCGACGGCUUUCGCUUCGACUACAUCGAUGACAGGGAGCUGGAGGGUCUGCCAGGCUUUCGGGACAUUGUGAACAUGGGGGUGAAGGUGGAUUACAUGACCCCAGACUUCCCCAGCCUCUCCUACCCGAAUUACUACACGCUGAUGACGGGUCGCCACUGUGAAGUCCACCAGAUGAUUGGAAACUACAUGUGGGACCAAAAGAGAAACGUAUCUUUCGAUAUUGGUGUGAAUAAGGAGAGCCUGCUGCCUCUCUGGUGGAAUGGAUCGGAGCCUUUGUGGGUGACAAUGAUGAAAGCAAAGAAGAACGUUUCCAUGUACUACUGGCCAGGUUGCGAGGUCGAAAUCCUUGGAGUCAGGCCAAGUUAUUGCCGCGAGUACUUCAGCGUCCCAACAGACAAAAACUUUGCGGAUGCCAUCAGCGAUGCUCUCGAGUCUUUGCGCAAUGGCAGUGCCGAGAUGGCUGCGGUGUACUAUGAGCGCAUCGAUGUGGAAGGCCAUCACUACGGCCCUUCUUCCCAGCAGCGGAAGAAUGCUUUGAAGGAGGUGGACAAAGCCUUGAGCAACAUGAUCACGCUCAUCAAGAGCAAGGGCCUUCAGAAUGACAUCAACGUCCUCCUCUUCUCCGACCAUGGGAUGACAGACAUCUCUUGGGCGGACAAAGUGAUUGAGCUGAAAAACUACAUCAAUAUGAGUGACACCAUACAAAUGAAGGACCGAGGUCCUGUUGUGAGCCUCUGGCCAGCUCCAGAGAAGCACAUGGAGAUAUAUCAGAAAUUGAAAGCUGUGGAACACAUGCACGUUUAUAACAUACAGGAUAUUCCAGACAGGUUUUUCUACAAAAAAGGAAAAUUUGUGUCUCCUCUAACUCUCGUGGCCGAGGAAGGAUGGUUCAUAGUAGAGGUAAAGGACAAGCUGCCUUUCUGGGAGAACGGGACCGGGAGGAAGGAGGCCUGGCAGAACGGCUGGCACGGCUACGACAACGAGCUGAUGGACAUGAGAGCCUUCUUCAUCGCAUACGGGCCAGAGGGACGUGAAGGAAUUCGGUCAGCUCCUCUCCAACAUCCCAGCACAGAUGCCAACUCCUCUCUGCCUUGUUUCCCCCCCCCCUGCAGCCUGGCGGGCAUACAGCCGCUGCCCAACAAUGGCUCCUGGUCCAGGGUGGAGUGCAUGCUCCGAAACGUGGCCCCUUCGGCACCGCUCCCCAGCUGCGCCCUGGCACUAGCUCUGCUCUCCCUCGUCGUCGAGCACAUCUCCUCACUGUGA